ACCAUCAUUCAUAAUUUCAUACUUACCUACCUCUUAGAAAGAGUUCAAAGAGAGAAAUGGCAGCAGAGGAAACCAAGGAGAUGCAAGAAGCAUAUCCAAUGAAAGGUGGGAAUGGUCUCUACAGCUACACCAAGAACUCCAAACCCCAGAGAGCAGCCACAGAUGCUGCCAAAGAACUGAUAAAGAUGGCAAUUGAAGAAAAUUUUGAUAAAGAAAUCCUAUUUUCUUCCAAAACUUUGAGCAUAGCAGAUUUGGGUUGCUCUGUUGGACCUAAUACAUUUUUUGCAGUGCAAAACAUAAUUGAAGCAUUCGAGUCCAGGUACCAAAAACACCAAGAACUGAAUUCUCGAAUCCCUGAGUUUCAAGUUUUCUUUAGCGAUCAUACCUCAAAUGAUUUCAACCUGCUCUUCACUUCCCUUCCUCAGAACAAGCCAUAUUAUGCAGCAGGUGUUCCGGGCUCUUUCUAUGGUCGCUUGUUUCCCAAGGCAUCUCUUCACUUUGUCUAUACUUCUGUUGCCAUUCAUUUCCGUUCUGAAGUACCAAAAGAAGUGAUGAACAAAAACUCCCCUGCUUGGAAUAAAGGCCGGAUUUAUUACAUAUAUUCUUCUGACGAAGUAGUUCGAGCUUAUAAAGCUCAGUUUGAUCGAGAUAUGGAGAAAUUUCUGCAAGCCAGGGCAGAAGAGAUUGUUUAUGGAGGAUUGCUGGUAAUCGUUGUAGGUGGUAUCUCCCAUGGAACUCAUCAUUCUCAAGGUCAUGGAGGUAUGAUCUUAGACCUUCUCGGAACUUGCCUUAUGGACUUGGCAAAGAAGGGAAUUGUAAGUGAGGAUAAAGUGGACAGCUUUAAUAUACCAAUAUAUCACAUGACUCCCCAAGAAGUGGAAGCAGCUGCUGAAAGAAAUGGAUGUUUUAGCGUUGAGAGAAUUGAAGACAUACAUCAUGUGGGAUCAGAUGAAAAUAACUCUCUGUCUAUAACUAAUGCUCAAGAAUUUGCAUCUUAUAUAAGAUCUGGCAUGGAGGGGCAAAUCAAGAAGCAUUUUGGUGAAGAAAUCUUAGAUGUGCUGUUUGACACUUAUAAGAAGAAAAUUGAAGACAAUCCCUCCAUUUUCAAGUCAGGGAAAGCACUUGCUUUCUUUAUCCUUCUUAAACGCAAAGCAAUAAACUAGCUAGCUACCAAUUCUUGUCACCUUAGCUUCUAAUUUCUUUAUGCUUCUCUAUAUUAUGUUAUGUUUCAGUUUGCUGUUUAUCUGGUUCAAAAAAUAAAUGUGGCAGUUUUUAUAGAGCUCAGAAAGCCAAUUUUCCAUGAACCCGGGACCACAAAUAUGAGUAGAAUCUAUGGGUUCCACAUGUGGUUUCACUCAUUUUUGUGAAUAAGUACUAUAUGUUAUUGGACAAUGGAAUUUGUAACACUCAUAAAGUAUAUGUAUUAUUUUUAUUUUACUUAA